GGUACUUAGAAUCUAGGUACAGUCUAAAAAAUGGGUACUAUCAUGAGGGCAGUUUACUUGUCCUUGUUAGAACAAUGGAGAGUAUCUGCUAGUAAUAUUAGAAUUCUAGUGAGCUUUAUGACAAGAAAAGAUCCACCAUCAGCUCUUGCAAUAGCUGGUUGUCCAUCAGCAAUUUCACCCUCUGAAGAUCUUCACAAGUCAUCAAAAUCCAUGUUAGAUUCUAUUUUUGAUGGUUUGCUACUAGCUGUACCGAAACACAGAAGGUCUAUAGAAAAGAGACUUUACAGAAAACACAGAUACACUGCCUUUAUGGAGUAUGGAACACCAAAAUCAACCAUAGUUCCUUGCUUGGAGUGUGGCAACUAUAGAGAGAAAGGACAUCUGUGCAAGCAUUGUUAUGACAAAGUUUGUUUAGAGACCAAGGAAAUGAAAGCUAAGUUGGGAGAAGAUAUCAAGUAUAAUGUUCCAAUGCAAGAAAUUGAGUUUGUUUAUAAUGGAGAGGCGGCUGACAACAGUGGUGGUAAAUUGGUUAUCAAUAUGAACAAGUCAAGACCAAGUUGGUUUUCUAAAAAUUUACUUAAUAAAACAGGUUGAUGUAAAUUUUUA